GAACUCGAGCGGGCAGGACAAGACACUUGCUCUGCCUAGGCAGUCACCUCCCAGAAAGGAGGGUUGCGAGAGUGGAGUAGCGCCAGUCCCGUAAACUGCAUGAAUAGUCGCUUCCCUGAGUCUCAAGUCUGCCAGGCCAUCUACGUUUUGAACCUCUUUCAGGUUGUCACCGCUUGUUUCAUUGAACCCGCUUCUACUUUUCCCUCAACAUGGCUGCCGCAGCUCGUCGUCUCGCUAUCAACCCGUUUGGUAAUCAGUACCCGGAUAACGACACCACGAAGGAGAUUGUGCUCCAGGCAGACGGUUUGGUGGCAGAAAACCCCGAUGACCGUCACGUUCUUCUUCAAUGGACGAAUGGGGUUGAUCUAGAGGGAAAUAGCUACACUCAGAUUAUCCACCUCACCGGUGGACCAGGCAACUACCAAUUCCACACACCGCAGGUCAAGAUUGACUCCGAUCGAUCCACACAGGGAAACACAUCUUACGUUCUUGGCCAGUACACCCGGGCACAGCGCGACCAGAUUAUAGCACUUGCAAAGGCCGUUAAGUUCAACAAAAAAUCCCGUGUCAAUAACUGCCAGACCUGGAUGCGUGACUUGCUUGAGGCCAUGGUCAAUAAUGGACUCCUCUCUUCAGAAAUAUUCAAAAAGCUCGAUGCUGGCGUUCCGCUCAAGAAACGUGUUCCUGAGCUCUCGCAAUAAAUUACCUAGGCUAUUGGUGCCACUCAGCGGAGCGUGCACGUGUG